GACAUUCCGGUGUACACUCAGGAUGAYCACAAUAGACUGGCUAAGCCCGAUGCUGUCAGUUCGGACGAAGAGGAUUCGGAGUUAUAUCAGCAAAUGGGCGCGUGUGGUUUCUCGGGGACCAGGCGUCGGCGAAGCUCGUGUUCGUUGACCGACGAGCGCGAGUAUACCAUGGAGUCCAACGACGAUUUUAUCUACCAAGGCAAACACAAGGCUGAACUGUCGAACCACAAUGGCGAGCUAUACGUCUCGCUCUCGGAAGCUGUGCCUAGUAACAUUUUAKAAACUGUAACAUUUGAGGCGCCCAGAAGCGUGGUGGACGCGCUGGUUCGAAAGCGCGCCGRUGCCGUGGAAAAGGCCCGAAAUGACUUGAAACUCAUUAUGGAGCACCCCGAAGCACAGAAAGUUAUAGCCGAGGCUACAGCUGAGGCGCACGAGCAAGUUUCGAGCGAACUACACAAAGAAACCAAGACUCUGGCGCGAGCGUACGCUCGCGCCGCAGCGCCCCAGCACGGUCCGUCUCAAGAGGCUGUCAAGUUUUGGGUCACGGGAGCUCGUGCAUACAGUAUGGUCAUGAGUAUGCACAUGCUGGCGUCAUCAGAUGACCCGAUUGUUCAAACAUUCGCCUCAAUCGACCUGUUGAAUGGCGCCAACAGUAUGUUAGCCGCAAAGUUGAUGAAGCACGCCAAAACGGCAGAGUUGGGUCAAAAACUCGCCUUGCUUUUGGACAAUCCUGUGAUGCACAUGGCUGGGGUCGUGGCGAGCGUGUUCUUCUUCGUGCAGAGCGUACGCGAUGUGACCAACGGACAUCAUAGCUUCCAGAAUUACUACUGGCUCGCCCGUUCGUCAAUGCAACUGGUGGAACUGGUAUUCGAGUCGCUCAGCGCGGCUAGCAUGCCCAUGAUGGCCCUGGACGCUUUGGUGGUUACGGUUACGCAACUCAACUACGCCGUACACACGGUCCACUCCGUCACGAACGGACUGCCUCUCGAUACAUCGGAGAUCGUGAUGUUGGGCGCCGCUGUUUUUUUGGGUCGCAAUCGGCAGCGCAGCGGUGGCGAACGUGAAAGCGGUCAGCGUCGAAAGCGUCAAGGUGUGACGUUUACCGAUGCUGUGCUCCAGAAAAAGUUAUACCUAGAAACGGGCCCGGAGUCGAAAGUCUCGUGCAAGCCGGGCAGCGAAUACAGCGUAUUCGAAUUGGGUAAAGGCUCGACGCUCCACAUAAAGACAAUCAGUGUGUUCACGAUCCUCGACAGCGCACUCGCAACGGACAUUUCGGUCACGGUGGCGGACAACGUGGAUGCCGGCGACGUUACGCUGAUAGUGAGGUCUCACGAUCCGCUUCAAGCGACACCCGCCACGGUGGAUGCGGUUUGCUCUCCGGCCACAAGCGGGCUUUCUGUAUUCACCCGCAUUAGGUAUUCGGGGCGCGCAGCGCUGGCACUGUACCCCGACAACGUGGCCAUCGGCUGCCUGCGUGAGAACCGGAGAUGCGGCAGCGCCCUUCAGGAGCGGACACGUGCAAUUACCGGUAUCCGACAACCUUCGAAACGCAGACGAACUCGUGACCACAAAUGCACCGCUUGUGGCUGCAGGACUUGA